AUGCGUAUCCAGACAAUUCCCAUGUGGACGGGCAAAAGCAAUAACUAUGCUUACCUGGUCACCGACGAGCCCACAAAGGAGUCUGUGAUCAUUGAUCCUGCCAAUCCAGAAGAAGUGAUCCCAGUCUUGAAAUCCGAAGACGCUGCCGGGAAGAUCAAAUUGAAUGCCAUCGUCAAUACGCACCACCAUUGGGACCAUGCGGGUGGGAAUGAUGAAAUUCUCAAGGACUUUCCGCACUUGCAAGUAAUUGGCGGCGCCAAUUGCCAAUCGGUCACAAAAACGCCUGCCCACGUUGAAACAUGGAAGCUUGGUGAGCGAAUCACGAUAAAAGCGCUCCAUACCCCCUGCCACACGCAAGAUAGCAUAUGCUACUUUCUGGAGGAUGGAAGCCAGCGUGUUGUUUUCACAGGGGACACGCUUUUCACUGGAGGAUGCGGCCGAUUCUUUGAGGGCGACGCAGCCCAGAUGCACAAAGCUCUCAAUGAGACACUUGCAUCUUUACCGGACGAUACCAAAGUCUACAGUGGCCAUGAAUACACCAAGUCUAAUGUGAAAUUCCUCCUUGCCGUGUCAAACUCGGAGGCGAUCAAGAAGCUCCAGGAUUUCGCGGAGAAGAAUCAGAGGACACAGGGAAUUCUCACCAUUGCUGAUGAAAAGGCACAUAAUGUCUUCAUGAGACUCGAUGAUCCCGAUGUCUUGAAAGCAACAGGAAAAAGAGACCCCAUUGAGGUCAUGGCUGCAUUGAGAGAGAUGAAAAAUGCCAUGUAG